AUGGUGGUUGUAGGGGCGGAUGGUGGAAUAGGGUCAUGUCAGAGGGGGUUGGGAUUGGGGGCAGCUUCGAGUGGGGGUGAAGAGAGGAGGGCUGGUGUAGGAGUAGGGUCUAGGGCGGGUGUUAAGGCUGGGGCGGUGUGUGGUGGUAGAGGUAGGCGACAGGAGACUAAGUGGGUAGGUACUAAGGCCAGGGAUGUGGAUGGUUUCAAGUUGUGGUACUCAGGCAGUGAGAGGCGUCAUAAUGGAGUGGGCAUCUUAGUGGAUGAGGAUCUAAGAGGGCAGGUGGUGGAGGUUAAGAGGUGGUAUGCGCCGCAGGUGCGCUUGGGAGAGGAGGUGAAAGAGAGUUUUUGGGAGGCUUUGGAUGAGGUGGUGAGAAGCAUGCCUAGCUCGAAGAAGAUUGUCAUAGCGGAGGACUUCAAUGGGCACAUUGGAGUUUCUCAUGGAGGUUAUAAUGAAGUGCAUGAAGGGUUUGGUUUCAGUGAACGAAAUGGUGAGGGAGUUGCUCUGUUAGAUUUUUCGAGGGCCUUCGGGUUUGUGGUUGUGAACUCGAGCUUUCCGAAGAAGGAGGACCACCUUAUUACCUUCCAAAGAGCAUCAGCCAAAACUCAAAUUGACUUUCUGCUGCUUAGAAAGGGGGAUAGGGUUCUCUGUAAGGAUUGUAAAGUCAUUUCUAGUGAACACCUGUCGACUCAGCACAGGCUGCUGGUGAUGGACUUGUGUAUCAGAAAGAGCAAGAAGAGUAGGGCUGGAGAGGGGUGA